AUGGGCGCUAGCAAUUGCAAACCGUGCCGAAAAAAGAAAAAAACGUAUACUGGAGGGUCCAUACUCGAUAGAGUCAUCAGUCAGGCUUCUAAUCAAGACCAGUGUCUUUUAUACAAAUUGGCAAAUUACAAAAAAGGUGGCGAGCUAAUAGAUGCAUACAAUCAAGGAGGCACGGUAGAAGUCGAGAAAUUAAUUCGUGAACAAUUUGGACAACUAAUGUAUCAAGAAGGAAAGGGCCAAAUCAUCAAUAGAUCAGAGUAUUUACGAUGGAAAUUUAGGGAUCAUGAGCAAGUUACAUUACCGAUAGAAGCGUCUUUGAGCAGGUAUGAUCCAUUAGGAAAGUGGGAGGAUCACGAAGCAUGUUGGGAAAUGCAAUAUCGUGGUUCGUUGGGUGAAACAUUGUUACAUGUAUUAAUUAUUUGUGAUACCAAAAUACAUACAAGGUUAGCUAGAACAUUGAUAAAGUGCUUCCCGAAAUUAGCCUUAGACGUUGUGGAAGGAGAAGAAUAUUUAGGUGCUAGUGCUCUCCAUUUGGCCAUAGCAUAUAACAAUAACGAAUUAGUACAGGAUUUGGUGGAGGCCGGAGCAAACGUGAAUCAAAGAGCCGAAGGUAGUUUCUUUCUCCCCAGGGACCAACAGAGACCCAAACCAGCAAAACAUACAGAAUACGAAGGUUUGGCAUAUUUGGGGGAGUAUCCUUUAGCUUGGGCUGCUUGUUGCGCCAACGAGAGUGUCUACAAUUUACUAUUAGAUAGUGGAGCAAAUCCUGACUACCAAGAUAAUUUUGGAAAUAUGAUAUUACAUAUGGUCGUUGUCUGUGAUAAAUUGGAUAUGUUUGGUUACGCUUUAAGACAUCCCAAACUGCCAGCCAGUAAUGGAAUUGUCAACAAAGCUGGUUUAACGCCGUUGACACUUGCUUGCAAAUUGGGUCGUGCAGAAGUAUUUAGAGAAAUGUUGGAACUAUCCGCUAAAGAAUUUUGGCGGUACAGUAACAUUACAUGUUCGGCAUAUACCCUAAAUGCUUUAGAUACAUUAUUACCUGACGGAAGUACAAAUUGGAAUUCUGCUCUAUUUAUAAUUUUAAACGGAACCAAAGAAGAACAUUUAGAUAUGUUAGAUGGAGGUAUUAUCCAAAGGUUACUCGAAGAGAAGUGGAAAACUUUUGCAAGGAACCAAUUUUUAAAAAGGCUUCUUAUUUUAGUAGUACAUUUAAUUUUCUUAUCGUUGGCUGUGUACUUGAGACCUGAUGAUCCAGAUGUACCUUUAUUAGCGUGGUCUGAUGAUCCGACUACUAUUGCGAGAUACGUUGCAGAAGUAGGAACAAUACUAGGUGUUUUAAGUUAUGUCAUAUUUCAACAAGGGGACGAAAUCAGAAACCAAGGUCUUUGGACUUUUCUAAGACAACAAUCAAACUCUCCACCAAAAACCAUAUUUUUAAUAUCGAAUCUCCUUAUACUAUGCUGCAUUCCAUGUCGACUUUCACAAAACAGAAAUACAGAAGAAGCUAUUUUACUAUUUGCAGUACCUGGUUCCUGGUUUCUGUUGAUGUUCUUUGCGGGGGCUGUACGCUUAACUGGACCUUUCGUGACCAUGAUAUAUAGUAUGAUAACUGGUGACAUGUUAACUUUUGGAAUAAUUUAUACAAUAGUUCUUUUUGGAUUUUCCCAGUCUUUUUUCUUUUUGUACAAAGGAUUUCCUGGAGUAAAUUCUACGUUGUAUUAUAGCUAUCCAACUACCUGGAUGGCACUGUUUCAGAUUACGUUAGGAAAUUAUGAUUACCAAGAAUUGGGUUCAACGACACAUCCUGCCGUCGCAAAAACAGUUUUCGCCCUUUUUAUGGUUUUUGUUCCAAUUUUAUUACUAAACAUGUUGAUAGCUAUGAUGGGGAACACGUAUGCACACGUUAUCGAGCAAAGUGAAAAAGAGUGGGUCAAACAGUGGGCCAAGAUAGUGAUUGCAUUGGAAAGAGCUAUUCCUCAAUCAGACGCUCAUCAUUAUUUGCAAGAAUACAGCAUUUCCUUAGGAGGAGGUGACGACCCCAGCACUGAGCUCAGGGGUGUUAUGGUCAUUAAAUCAAAAAGUAAGACGAGAGCUAAACAACGAAAGGGGGCAGUUGCAAAUUGGAAGAGAGUUGGUAAAGUAACCAUUAAAGCCUUAAAGAAAAAGGGGAUGACUGGUGAGGAAAUGCGAUGUUUAAUGUGGGGAAGAGAAUCCAUCAAUACUCCGAUAAAAACCAAAAGGAAAACCAACAACCCUUAUGUUAUAGACUCGCUGGGACCAGAUUUAACAGGAGGUUUCGGAGAUGCCUUAACUGGAGCUCUAGACGUCAUGGCUUUUACGCAUGAUGUGGAUAUUAAUGGAGCAGCACAAGGUUUAAAUCUGGCUAGUGCUAACAAGCCUACUCCGCCUCCAAGUUAUAAUGACACACAAAAAAAUGUGAACACCGUUCAAUUAAAUAAUCAAAUAUAUUUAAGCAAAAAUAUUAUGAACAAUCCACAAUCGACUCCAGUUUCAGAUUUAGCGAUGAUGGGAGCUUUAACUCAACUAACAGAUUCACAAUGCCUUCCACAAAUUUCACCUUCUACUCCUAAGCCUGUAGCAGAAUCAAAGUUCUGUCAGAGUCUUGCUGCGAACUGUCCUAAAAUUGAAGAUCCAUUGCGAGAACUAGUCUUGUGUGAUGAGAAAGACGCAGAUCCCGAAAAGCUGAAAUUUUUAGCGUUGUCUGCAGCAAACCUUGCUAAAGAAGAAGUUCAUAAUCAAUCUCAAGUUCAAAGUCAACCGUCUGGCGUAAACGUGAAAACUCUGGCUGGAAUAUUUGCUGGCACAGAGACGCUAAUAAAGAAGGUUGAAGAAAACUUGAAAAAAACAUUGGCUGUUUUGGAUCCUAGUGAUAGCGAAGGAUUUGGAGAGGCACCACUGCUAGGAAAAGUCUCCAGAACAAGACGAUCAAAAUCUGCUCAUCUUCGCAAUUCUUCAGCAAAAUCCAAAACCUCCGAUAAAAGAAAGUUAUUCAUAGAUUCAGAUUCCAGUACUGCGGAUACGAUAGAAAUCAUGCCAGGUAUUGAAAACCAAGGGUUUAUUAAUGCCACAGAAACGGCUGUGUUGCAAUCAGGACUGGAACUGGAAGUACUAGAUGUAAUAACAAUAAGGGAACCUGAUAUAUCAUCUUCUCUCUCUGAGACCGUAAAUAUUCAUGGAAUUGGUAGUGGGGCAGAUGCUGAGUCAGCUAAUGUCAAACCCAAAUCAAAAAAGAAGAAAAGACCCACAACUGGAAAAACUAACAGAGUUGCGCCAACUAUGGACCAAAGGCAGUGCAAGUCUGCAAAAAAUAAGGAAGAAUGUGAAGAUUCGGAUGAACUUACUUCUCCGGAUCCUUUGGAACCCUGGAGUACAAAGAAUAUAGCAAAUAUGAAUUCAAUAUUGGCAUGGCAAAAUGAAGACAGUUUAUAAAUUAUAUAUAUAUAAGAUUAUAUUUUUAUAUGUUAAGAAAAAAUAAUUCCGUUAUUAUUAAUAAAAAUUUUAUCU